AUGAGACCUGCACAAAGGAUCCUAGUCCACUCAUUCUUAUUACUAUGGUUAACUGCAAUUUCAGAUUGUUUAAUUCCUAAAGUGAAACAAUAUGUUGCAGAACGUCGUGAAUGCGGAAUGAUCAGACCUUUAGGUUUUAAACAUAACUACAAUUCGUGCUAUAUUUUAGAGUAUGCACUGAAACGUUUUGCAUUACGUCUAGAACAAGUACCACAUAAGAUUAGCUCUCAUCGACCAAAUUUCUGCAAAGUGACUACUAUUCAAAUUGAUAUUACCGAGGGCUGCAAUGAAGAAAAUGAAAAACUGUGGCCAUCCGAUUCAAUAAAGGAAUCAUAUAUUUUGAAUGUUUCCAAUGGUACUUUACGCAUUCAGUUGGACGAAAUAUGGGGAGCAUUACAUGCUUUGGAAACAGUCCUAAAACUAGUGUUCAGAAAUGGGAACUACAAGAAUGCAAUAUUUCAGUGUAGCAUAGAAGAUUCACCAAGAUUUCCACACAGAGGAAUGAUGAUUGAUACUGCCAGACAUUAUCUAAGCGUUGAAACAGUUAAGAAUGUCAUUAAUGACAUUUUGCAUUGGAAUCUUAAUACUGGCGCGAUAAUCAAAGGCUUCGGCCUUCAAGGUCACUUUUGGAAUACCGAAAUAUGGAAAAACAGAGAUGAAUUGGAUGCCAAAAACAAACUGAAGAUUGCCAUUAAAAAAGGAGACACAGAAGGUGCCAGAAUUCAUGCAGAAAAUGCAAUCCGACACAGACACACUGCAACAAGUUAUCUUAGACUUGCUGCUCGAAUCGAUGCCCUUGUUUCCAGAGUUCAGUCUGCCAUCACAACGAAGAGCUUUACCAGGAGCAUUAUGACAGUCGUGGGGUGUAUGGAAGAUGCAGCAAAAUCCAUGGAUAUGGAAAAGGUUAGUAGUCUUAUGGAUAGAUUCGAAAUGGAAUUCGACAACAUAGAUAUCCAGUCAAAGCUUGUGAGUUCAUCUCUAGCAAAUACAAUGUCUAUCUCAACUCCUGAAAACGAAGUUCAGGGACUAAUAAACCAAGUAGCAGACGAAGCUGGAAUUGAACUCAACCAGGAACUCGACGGAGCGAAUCCAAGCUCUGUUUCAGUAGCACCAAUUUCAGCAGAAGAAGAAGACGGUCUGACUCAACGUCUAGCCAGACUUCGACAUUCAUAA